GGUGGAACUUAUAUACCACCAAACCCUCCAAGAGAAGCACCUGCACCAGGACUACCUAAAACAUUUACAUCGUCACAUGGACACAGACACAGGCAUGCACCAAAACCAACACAACAACCAACAGUUCAAAAUCCAGCACCACAACAACAACCAAAACCAACAGUUCAAAACCCUGCACAACAACCAACAGUUCAAAAUCCAGCACCUGCACCACAACCAAAACCAGCACAACAACCACCUCCACAACCAGCACAGCAACCAACAGUUCAAAACCCUGCACAACAACAACCACAAACAGAGCAAGGACAUAAAAGAAGUAGAGAAAAAGGAAACCAAGAAUUCUUA